CCUCUCUUAUCGCAGUCCCGUCCCUCUUCUCAGUAUCCACACCAUCCACCAUCAUGUCCGUCAAGUUCCAGGACGUGAAGAUCCAGGAAACCGUCCAAGAUGUCGCCGAGACAUCUCUCCGACAAGAAACCAAGGAGUUGGCGCACAAGGUUGGCGAGCGCCUGACUGGAGGAAACCCUCAGACCGGCUAUCUCGCGAUGUAUCUGCGCGAACUGCAGGCCAACCCUCUGCGCACCAAGAUGUUGACCUCCGGUGCCCUCUCCGCGGUGCAAGAAUUCCUCGCCUCUUACCUCGCCGGUGAUGUCACCAAGCAUGGCCAUUACUUCAGCUCCCGUGUUCCCAAGAUGCUUCUGUAUGGCAUGUUUAUCAGUGCCCCUCUGGGCCAUGUGCUGGUUGGCGUCCUCCAGCGCGUCUUCGCCGGCCGCACCAGCCUAAAGGCCAAGGUUCUCCAGAUCCUCGCCAGCAAUCUGGUUGUUUCGCCGAUCCAAAAUGUUGUCUACCUGGCAUCGAUGGCGAUCAUCGCGGGCGCGCGGAACUUCCACCAGGUUCGCGCCACCGUCAAGGCCGGUUUCAUGCCCGUCAUGAAGGUCAGCUGGAUCACCUCGCCUCUGGCUUUGGCCUUUGCCCAGAAGUUCCUCCCUGAGCAGACUUGGGUGCCAUUUUUCAACAUCAUCGGUUUCUUCAUUGGGACCUACGUCAAUACCCACACCAAGAAGAAGCGCCUGGAGGCUCUCCGCAAGCAUUACAAUCAACGCCGUGGCCCCGGCAGCGAGUACGAGAAGGGUGACUACCGGUAAAGAUGUGUAUAUACCGCGCAAUUCAUAAAUCCCGUGCAUGGGUCGAGCACGCGCGAUAGACCUCUAUGAUCCGUAUUCUUGUCAGUCACAGCCGAAGAAUCGCAUCACGGCAUAUAGAUCAGUCGACCCUCCUACCCUCCUCGCCUCACCCUUCCUCUGACCUCAAAACUACUUUCUCAUGUGAUUUUUCUUUUUUUUUUUUUUUUUUUUUACCCACCUCCCCUCAAGACAUACUCAUCGGAUUUCUCUUGCGUGUGCGAGAUGAGGC